GGAUAAUAUGGAUUAAAAGUAUUAGGAAGCAUUACAACUUGAAGGAUUUAUAGAAAAGAAAAGUCCAUCAAUACUAAAGGGUUUUUAAAAGCGACACUUCGCAGUAAGGGAUAAAGGCUAAUUGUUGGUUUACUCAAAGAAAAAGUUAUUGAGUAAAGAAAUCAAACCAAAAGGUACAAUAUUUAAGAUAAUUAUUAAGGUGUAAUUCCUAUUGAAUAGAUAAAAACUAUAGGAACAAUUAAAGGAUGUGAUAGAGAAUUUAUUCUUGAAAUAGGAGACAGGAAAAUUCAUUUAAAAGCAGAAUCAAAGAGUACCAGAGAUCUAUGGACUUCAAGUAUUGCAUUACUAUAAGAAAAACUCUUAUAAUAGAAAAAUUCAUAAACUACUUAAAGUUAGAAACAAAGUUUCAAUUCUAGAGGGUCUGAAAAUAUAAGAUUAUCAUAAAAAACAUUUUGGAAAGAUAUUGAUUAGGAAACUAAGGCCUCAAUAAUGAUAGACUAAGAAAAAUAAGCUGUGUAGGAUAAAUUUUAGGAAAACGAAAUAAGGAAUGAAGAAGUGAUGAAAGCUAAAGGAUUAUAUGCGUAUCUUGAUAAGUUUGACUCAAAAAAAUUUACUUAGUUUGUAAAAUGUGGAUUUUUAUAUAAAAAGGGAAAGAUUGCAUCACUUACAAAAGCAAAGAGAAGAUGGUUUAUUAUUAUAUCCUCAAUUUCUCUUUUAGGAGAUGAUGCAAAUAUUUAAGGUCCACAUUAAUCAGAUAUUCCAGAUCCUUUUAAAUUAGAUCAUCUAUAUUAUUUUGCUUAUGACUAUAGAAAUGAUUAAAGCAGUUUUAAAGGUGAAUUAUAGGCUAAUUAAAUAACCGAUUUUGAAUUGAUGAAUGUUGAUAGAAAUCUAGCCUUUUUAAAAUAAUUAAGUCAUAGUGUUACUUAUGGUUUUAAAUUUAAUCAUAAGGAUCGUUAAUAUCAUUUCUUUUCAGAAUCAUUAACUGAAAUUUAAUCUUGGGUAACUACAAUCAGAAUCAUAAAAGAUUACAAAGCAACUAUUAGUACUUAAUAAGUUGAAGAUGAGGAACAUGAGUUGAUUAUCAAAAAAGAAGAUGUUUUAUUACAAGAUUUAAUGGAAGUCAAGAUAAAGAGAAAAAUUAGAAAAGAUAAAUGGUUUUAAAGAAUGGUUUAUUUAAAUAAGGAUAACUUAACUUGGGCAAAAUAAGAAAAAAAUGACUCUGAAAAUUAUAUUUUGUUGAUUUCAAUUAAAAAUGUAGUUGGUGAAGAUACGGAAUUUUAUGUAAACCUAUUUCAUAAUUUAUUAGAUAGAAACUAAAGAUGAUAAAAAAUUUAAAUUUAAAACAAAAUCACUAGAAAUCUAAAAUCAAUGGGUUGAAAGAAUAUAAUUUUUGUUAUUAAAUUUGAAAGGAGAGUUUAAAGAUUUGGAAAAAGUAACUGAAUUACCUCCAGAAUAACAAGUUUAAAAUUCAAAAUCUAUUGAAUAGAAAAAGAGUAAUUCCUUAGAAAAAAAUAAAGUUUAACCUGAAUUGAUUGAAGAAAAUAAUUAGAAUAAUCAAGAUAUUGCUUGUUAUUAUGACAAUUUUUUUAGCUAAAAAAAAUAAGAAGAAUAAUAAAAAAAAGUAUAAAAAAGUAGUGGAUUUUCAAUAUUUCAUAAAAUUUUUUGUUGCUAUUCCCAAGAGAGUGAAACCGAUAGAGGAUUUUGAAAUAUAAUUGCC